UUUUGAAGGCAACUAACUUGUCUUCCGGAUAAGGGGCGGGAACAGCAACACUACUGUACUCAGCCUGGCUUCUGCUGUAACAGUAUUUACUCUGCAUCUCUUUGCAUAGAAAAACAGCGAAAACAAGUACUACCAAAGCAUAUCAGGUGUGGAGACGAUGGAGGAGAAUGAGGAGCAGUCAGACGCCCAGCAGUCAGACCUCAGUUUGAGGAAGGGAAACUACGAGGGGGACAGCUUCAGGUUGGACCGUUGUUGCAUCUGCGUUUCUCGAAAGUCCAAACGGCAAACUUCGCGGCGUAUAAGAGGAAAAUUAUUAAUUUACAAGCCCCAAAAUAUCUCAACCAGAAUGGAUGAAAUCAGUCGGCUGUUAGGCACCAUAGGGCGCGUUCGUUCUGACAGCCUUUCCAGUGAUGCCACGCAGUCAACGGGCAGCAAACUGGUUCUGCGCCAUCGGCUCAACCAGCUGAUGACUUGUGUGGAUGACUUGGACCCCAAAAACGAGCUGCAUGAGAAAGUGGUCAAGACCCUGGAUAACGCCUUCCUCAUCUGUGGCAAGAGAGCCAACAAGCCGAAAAAGAACAGUUUCAGGCUACACAUGGUAACGUGGAACGUGGCCACAGCUGAUCCUCCAGAUGACUUGACCUCACUUCUCCAUCUGAAUUCCCCAAAGAGCCCAGACCUCUACGUCAUCGGUUUGCAGGAGGUGUACUCAAGGCCGUUGAGAUUUGUGUCGGACAUUGUAUUUGAUGACCCAUGGAGUCAUCUGUUUAUGCUCACCUUGGCGCCACGGAAAUACGUUAAGGUGUCAUCCAUUAGAAUGCAGGGUCUACUGCUGCUCUUCUUCUCAAAACUGGAGCACGUCCCCUUCAUCAGAGACAUCCAGGCCACAUACACACGCACGGGCAUUUUCGGUUACUGGGGUAACAAAGGUGGUGUGUCUGUCCGUCUGUCUUUCUAUGGCCACAUGCUCUGUUUCCUCAACUGUCACUUGGCUGCUCAUAUGAAAUACGCCACAGAGAGAGUGGACGAGUUUGAGUACAUCAUGGACACGCAGACCUUCGACUGUAAAAAGGCUCCAAGAAUUGUUGACCACAGGCUGGUGUUCUGGUUUGGAGAUCUUAACUUCCGAAUUCAGGACCACGGCAUGCACUUUGUCCGCUCCUGUAUCAACAAUCAAAACUACGACCUGCUGUGGAGCAAAGACCAGUUGACCAUGAUGAAGAAGAAAGAACAGAUGCUCCGGGAGUUUGAGGAAGGACCUCUGGACUUUCAACCCACGUACAAGUUUGACUUAAACUCUGAUACUUACGACACCAGGCUCUACAGGACAUGGUUUGGCUUUAACGGUAAGAAGCGCAAACCUGCCUGGACCGACAGGAUUCUGUGGCGGCUCCGACCCAAAGCCCCGCCCCCUGGCGAGCAAGAUGAAAACAGGGUUGGACUGGAGGCGAAGAAGGUCGGGCAGCUGAAAGAGGAUGAGGAGUACCCUCUGAAGAUCAGGCAGGACUUGUACACCAGCAACAUGGAGUACAGCGUCAGUGACCACAAGCCUGUCAUCGGCGUCUUCACGCUGGAGCUGAGGAAGAUGUACGGGACUCCUCUGGUGCGUCUGCAGGCAGAGGGCGACUGGAGCGCAGACAUUGAUGCUAUGGUUCUCUACAGCCCGCUGCAGCCGUUCCCCUCCAGUACGUGGGACUGGAUCGGACUCUAUAAGGUUGGAUUCACCAGUAUGUCGGACUACAUCACCUACACCUGGGUCAAAGACGACGAAGUGGCCUUCAAUGAAGAAGUCAUACAGGUAUAUGUUAGUAAAGAGGAAAUCCCUGUGCGGGGAGGAGAGUGUGUGCUGUGCUACUACAGCAGUACUCUGAAGUGCAUCAUUGGAAUUAGUGAACCAUUCAAGGUCCACGAGUCCAAGGUAGCCAUUGAGGAAGGCUUGUUGCCUGAGAAGAUCAACGGACUUGACAAAACCAUAGCGAGUGAGGACCUUAAGAACUGAUCUAUCAGGAGUCACAGAUGUGGUAUGAUGCAGAAAUGGAAGUAUUUGGGCCUGGAUUGCCUGAACCACAACAAGGCUUUUAAUUACUGUGUUUUCUAACUUGCCACCAAAGGAGCAGAUUAGAAAGUGCUGCCUGUUCAUGCUGUUAUACGUCCCCACUGACCUCUAAUGCUACCGGUGUGGCUGUUAGUUACUCACACCUCUGUGGUCAGUACGCUUUUUUUUUUACGACUGGUCUUAUGGGUUAUAUAUAUAUAUAUAUAAAAAUAAUGAGCACUCCAUCAACUGACUUAAAACCUGAGAAUAAGUUUCCCUAGAAUGGAAACUGGAUUGGAAAAUUUCAAUUGGCCUUAACAUUGAGCAAAGAAGGGCCAGCUUUAAGUCCUGGCCUAAAGCAUAGCACAAUGACAGACUUACUAUAUUGUGUAUGAGAUAGCUUAAUAAAAUAUGAUGAAAUACUUUGAGCGAAUGUUAGGUGUUUGGUUAGAGGAGUGGGAGGUAACAGGUUCGACGGAUUGUUAAAACAGAAGGUGAAGUAUGUUGUGGGCUCUGUACAGGCCUGCUGCUUUGUGUGAUCAGUCCAGUGUGUCAGUUGAUGAAAGGGAGAGAGAGCUCUCCAUUUAAGGUUGUGUUAACAGAUCAAAAUAUUUGUGUGAAGUCCAUAUUUUAAUGCUGAACUUGCUCUCACAGCUGGCUUGGUGUACUUGGCGGGAAGUAAAAGCUGGAACACUGAAUAUUUAAGUUUGGCUUGUUUGGAAGCAGUCCAGUGAAACUUCACCUGACUGCUUAUGAAAAGGGAAUUGCAAAGUGAACAAAGCUCAUUGGCGAUUUUUUUGUUUUCACAUCACUGUGUUCAUAGGGAAUGAGUUAUUUCACAGUGGAAAAUGUCAAUGUUCACUGCUUACUUCCAAACAGGAAGAGAUUGGUAUCGUUGAAGCCAUUCUGUGGAUAUAUAUGACUCAUUUGCAUGAUCAUGGCAAAGAUGAUGUCGGAGCAGGAGCUUACACAGGAAAUGCCUCAUUAAUCGGUAUUUAGCUAUAUUUUACAUAUGUUCAUUUCAGUCCGACUUAAAGCUUGAAAAUAAAAAGUGCUCCUUGUUCAGGGGAUAAUCAGCGCUUCAAAACUUUAGGAGGCAAUAGUCAGCCAAUGUAUGUCACCUAAAACUUCAAAAGUUCAUAGGACCACUGAACAGAAAGUGAUUCAAUCACAGCUCUCACAGAAAUACCACCACCAGUGAUCUGCCAGCACUGUAGUGACAGAGAUUGUAAGAGAAGAAAAGAAAGGAUAUAAUGGGACAAAUCCAGUUUUUCUACAACGCAUUUGUAUUAUGCAGUUUUUGAAGAAAUGUUAUGGACUGAAUGUUCAAAUUUGGUCCAAUUUUCAGUAGUUUGAUUUCAGUUUAGUGUUUGUGGUAAUUCAGUAGUACUUUGUGUUUGGUGGCCCUACAGACAUGGGGUUAAGUACUAGAUGAAUAAAACCCUUUAAGGCAGAAAUAGAGAAAUUCAAAUGUAUUGAUGUGAACUAUUCCUUUUAAUAACAGAAGAUGAUCUCACUGUGUCCUUCUCCUUUCCACUUUCUUAUCUUUAAAAACAUUAUGUUGUAUUGGAUAAAAAGUUAUUCUUUAUUUAGAGAAAUGCAGAGAAUUAUUAAUCCUACGGGACUGAUCUUAACUUGUGUACUGUUAUUUAAAAUAUUCAUAGGGCUCACAGAAUAUCUCACCUCAUGUUGUUAAAUUAGCCCACAAGCACCUUGAAGUAUUUCAUUUUUUUGUUUUUUUUGGAAUAUGAAUCAUUCUCUUUUAAUACUGAUAGUGGUAUCACAGCAGAAUGGAUGUUAUGUUGCACUGUUUAUUGUUAAUGCAUACGUAUUUAUAGGAUGUCAUUAUGUUAUGUUAUUAUUGGUGUGUAUUGAGAGAGAAUAUAAAUUUGUUCUUUUUAGAAAACAGUAUGGAUUCAGCAAGUGCCUCUGAAAUGAUUCUUGCAUUACAUUUAGUGUACUGUACUAUGCUGCUCAAUUUUGAUACAAUAUGUAUCAUUGAAAUCAGAUUAUUUAUCAUAACAUGGCAUGGUUUUCAUGGCCUGUUCUUGUUCCUCUUGAUUUUAAAUAUUGCUGUUCUAAACUUUCACCUACAUGAAGAUCUCUUCUACUGAAUUCUAUUAUUGGCUUGCUGUAAAUAAUUAUAUCAGCCAAUUUAUAUCACUGCUUUUUUUUUUUUUUUUACUAAAAAGUGACUUAUUUUUUCAAAUAGAAAGGAAUGUUGUAGUGUACUGUAACAAUACCAACAAAUGUAUAGCUUUGCAAAUGCAAGUAUUAAAUCUCUAAAGUCUCA